AUGUCGGAGCAAGUAGAACUGGCGGGUUUACCUCCCGGGUGGGAUUGCAAAUAUGAUUCCAGAACGGGACGCUACUUCUACGUGAAUCUCUUCACCAAAACAACGCAAUGGGAAGAUCCACGCGCCAGGAUUCGCCAGUUGCAAACUGGAGCACCCACGCACCUGUCCAACGACAGCAUUGCCAUGCAGCCUGUGCAUGGUUCUCCCUAUCAUGUCUACCCUACAAGUAACUCGUUCUAUCCAGCCCAGGCCGCUUUCCAGAAUCCACCCUCCGGUGUACCUAGCCUUAAUGCUAGCCCCAACCUAGCCCAAAGAUUGCAACAACAACACCAGCAGCAGCAACAACAGAUCGAAAUGGCUCCGAUAGUGCGAUCCAGCCCCCGGAUGGGACUCGGGCGUCAGGGCAUGGUGGAAACGACGUUCUCAACGAACGUGCCCGCAGCGGAGACGGAUCUGACGGUGGCUAAAAUAAACUCCAUGUUUCCCACCGUCCCGGAAGUUCACAUCCGGAUGCUGCUGAAAAAGUACUACAAUCGGGAAGCGGUCGUAAUUAGUGCGCUUCAGGUUGAGAAGCAUCCCCUGACGACGCCCGGGCCGUACUCAACACCACCGCUCGGUCACCGACCGUUCCACAACACGGCCAUGGGUGUGGUGUCCGCCUUCCAAAUGACGCCGGUCCUCAGUGGACGCAGCGAAAUGUCCAGCUCACGCACAGGCAGCCCGGUACCACGACCGGCCAGUGGAGCCAGCGGAAGCUACUACGGAGGCUACGGGUCGCCCCGGAACGGGCCGAUGGAUGGGACCGGUUAUCGCAGCUCGCCGAAGCCACACUCCUCGCCGAAGAUGAAGCUGAGGUACAUGAAGAGCAUUUUCCCGAAGGCGGAGGAAACACUCAUCCUGGAUGUGCUGGCCAAUGCGGACAACAACGUACAGUCCGCUUCGCAGGCGCUGCUGAAGAUGGGCUACGACAAACGCGAGCAGCCCGUUCCACAGCGCAAUGCAUCUCGUAAGGGUACAGGCGGAUCGCAGGGUGCCGACGAUGGCAUACCGGAGGAACCGAAAACACCAACCCCGAAGUUGAAGUCUCCGGAGGAGAAGAAGAAAAUUAAAACUCGCCUGCAGGUGAAGUACAAGGACACACCGGAGAAAGUGAUCAUGAUGGCGCUGGAGAGCGUCGACUAUUCGGAGGAACGGGCCAAGAAGAUACUGAACAUCGUCAUCCAAGAGGAUCGGGACAAGAAAAAGAGCGUCAAGAUCGAGGCCCCGCACAAGUCGGACGAGGACAAGGAGAACGCCCGUACGGGAAGUGCCGGGCCGAGUCGAAGCAAUAGCACCACAUCAUCACAACCCCGCACGCCACUGGUAAAGCGUGCGCCGACCGGUGCCCUGGCCGAAGAUGGUAUCACUUCCCCACCGGUGACAACGUCCGGCGGCAUCCAGUCGCCAUCCGGUGCAGCUGCUACAGUGGUCGAUGGGAAGACCACCGAGCCGGAAUUCAGCAGCAGCAGCAGUGGCAACGAGAGCAGCCUCGCUGUGGGCGAUUCGUCCCCCGAGUCGCCGCCGGAGCGACAACACCACGAUGCGGCGUUCCGGGCGUGCGGUCGCGCCCCAAACGUGACCGGCGCCAAGCAGAGCUUCCGUCCGAAAGCCAAAACCGAUCACGCAAAGUAUUCUAUUUUUAGAAGUUCCUCCUCGGAAGACGAAUCCUGCGAGCAGGCGGCGGCAGCCAAAAUGGACGGAAAGUCGUCCCAGCUAGCGACCCGCAUUCCGACGAAGGGUCCUAACGUAAAGCUCUUCAAAGGACCGAACGACGAUUUGCUUCUUGCCGACUAUGUCACAUGGAACGGUGCGAAUCCGGAUCUGGCGAAGGGUAGCCAGAAGGUAUCCGGAGGUCCCGACCGCUCCAUUCGCAUCGAGCGCGCGUACCAGGCGCACGGACCGAAUGGCGAUCUUUGCAAGGGUCCGGUCGGAUCGCUCGCGAAGGGCAGCAUGUACGGCCAGAUGAUGAAGGAUGUAAAGUGUAACUAGUCGUCAGAAUCGUAAGAUGUCCUCGCGAGUACAUCCAUACGUUUUGUGUGUGUAUCUGUGUGUGUGACUAAGUGAAACCGGUGCCAGCGAGGAUAUCUUUGCGUAAAAUUGAUAUUCCCCCUUAAAAUCCAUCCAAAUUUCGUGAUGUUUUCGAAGAUUGUAGGACGUGACGAUGAAGUCUAUACGUGUGUUUAUGAAAAAAUUAGGGAUUGUGCCAUCUAAAUUAAAAUCCUUUUUGUCUGAAAUUGCGAUUGCCAAUGUAUUAACCUGAAUCUCGUUUGAUGAUUUUAGUUCAAUUCAUCACGUGCCAUUUUGGUUUUGUUUAUGUGACUAAUCAAGUUUUUAUCUACAUCACAAUGAUAUUGAUUUCUCAGUAAAGUUUUAUAAAAAUUCACACUACUUUGAAAUGGUUUUCUAUACAAUAAUUCGUUAUUACUGCUAUGACCUACGAUCUGAUAUUAGGAGAGAGUUUGCCGUACAAACGUUGUUUAAAAACACGACAUUCGCAUGACACUAUGUUUCUGUCAAUGAUAAAUGAUACAAAAUGCAACACAUUCAAUCUCGAGACGGAACGUGGAUGCUGCCAGUCAGCGGACACAUCAAACAAUAGUUUUCUAAGAAAAAGGCUUCACAUUCCCUCCCGCACGUGCUGUAAUGAAAACUUAAAUUCAAUUACACUACACAUCUAAAUACAUAUAAUAUAGCUAUAUAGCCAAACUGGAGCCAAAAAAAACCGGUCUACACUACCGUAGUUGCACUAUAAAGAAGGAGACAAGAAAUUACUCGCACUUGUUAUUGCAAAGUAUAAUCUAUCGAUGCUGGUAGCGUUACAAUAUUUUUCUAGCAGUUUAACACAAACAGAACAUAAGAUAAGACAACAGAGCCGUGCAAAAUCAAACAGUAAAAUAGUUAAAUCAUA